UUUUUUUUUUUUUUUUUUUUGUUCUUGACAAAAAAAAAAAAGAAAACCCAUUGUACAGCAUUUACUAUUUUAAAUACAAGGAAUAGAGAAAUAUCACGCCCAGAGAACUUUGAAAAAACGGGAAUACCCAGCAUGCAAAGUGCUGACAUUAGGCUAGUACCUUCGAGAACAUUAUCAAUUGGAUUCGACGAUAGACAAUCGAGUUAUAAUCAAGGUAAUAAAGUCUCACAUUUUUUUUUCUCCUAAAACAGUCCAUGGUGAUCUAAAACUGAUCUACUUUUUUCGAAACCAGACACAAGCACUAGUUAUGAUGGCCAUGUUGGUUCAUUAACGAAUUCUAGUAACGAUUUAAACUCUUUUCAGGACUUGUCACUCAGUCAUGUAGAAAUGGAUUUUCUACAUCAAGAUGAAUAUGAUGGAGACGAAAGGGAAACAACAGACCCAUCUGACGAUGAGGAAACAGCACCAGAGAAAAAAGAAGAGGAGGAGGAGGAGGAAGCACAAUUACCUUCCGCUACAGCCGAUGCAAUGGAGACGUAUACCAAUAUUGUAGAAAACAUUUACUGUGGAUCAGCUACGGGAAAAUCUAUUGCAGAAGAAUCCAUGCCUUGUGAAUGUAAAUACCGUCCUGAUAUCGAUAAUCCCGAUGCCGCUUGUGGCGACGACAAUUAUUGUAUCAACAGAAUGAUGUUUAUGGAAUGUAUGGUGGAUGAUUGUCCUUGCGAAAGAUACUGUCGUAAUAGAAGAUUCCAAUUACGGGAAUAUGCACGCGUUGAUGUCAUCAGAACUGAUAAAAAAGGCUUUGGUCUAAGAGCAUUGACGGAUUUGCCCACUAAUGCUUUCAUUAUGGAGUAUAUCGGCGAAGUCAUACCAAAUCAUGAAUUCAUCCGAAGAACAAAAGAAUAUGAAGCAGCUGGAUUAGAGCAUUAUUAUUUCAUGACCCUGAAAACAGACGAGAUUAUUGAUGCUACCAAAAAAGGCUGCUUGGCUCGAUUUAUCAACCAUUCUUGCAAUCCUAAUAGUGUUACACAGAAAUGGGUGGUAGGUAAGAACAUGCGUAUUGGUAUCUUUACUCGUCGUCCCAUCAAGGCAGGUCAAGAAUUGACAUUUGAUUAUAAGUUUGAACGAUAUGGUGCGGUUGCUCAGAAAUGUUAUUGUGGUGAAGCUUCUUGUAAAGGUUAUAUUGGUGGCUCCUUAAAGGGAGAUGCAGCCAAGACCUCUGCCGCAGUAACAGCAGCCAGGGAUGAAAAUCUGGUAGAUGAAGAAGACGAUGAUGAUGACGAUGAGGAUGACGAUGAGGAUGUGAGUGAAGAGGAUUCCGAUACAGCCGAAGCCGUGACAUUGACACAAAAGAAAAUGUUACGAAAAAUGCACCGUCGACGUGCCUCUGAACCAUUACAGGAUCCACGAGAAGUGCAAUCGUUUGUGAAGCGUAUGUUGGAUUCGGUUGGAAAAUCACAUCUGGUGCUGAAACUAUUGCUUCGACUGGAAUUGACAGAUAAGAACUCGACACAGGGUAGAGAUAUUUUACGGAAGUUUGUUCGUUUGCAUGGUCUUAAAAUGCUCAAAUUUUGGUUGAGUGAGUGGAAGAAUGAUCCAGAAAUUUUGAUCAAGGUCUUGCAUGUCUUGUCACAAUUGCCUUUGGCCAACAAGAAUGGACUUGAGGAUUGCAAAAUGUUUGAUAUCGUCGGAAGGCUGACCAACCAUGAGAAUAGCGAAAUUCGAGAUUUGGCAAACAAUUUAUUGGAAGAUUGGGAUAAAUUGAAGAGCGUGUAUCGAAUCCCCAAAAGAACCCCUGCAGAACCUUCUCAUAAAACAGAACAUGACGCACAAAAUGAAGACGACCACUUAUCCGAAGUUUCGGCAGACAUCAUUACACCACCACGUUACGAUUCCAGCCGAGAAUUCUUUGACCCUGAUGACGAUUAUUUCGAAUAUCUUUCACUGGACGCAGAUGCUAACGAGAUACAAUGGAAAACAGAAUACCCACCACGCUCUACCAUCCCUACCGCACCUCGCGCUAUGAUCGAUGCAUGUGUGAAAAAUGGUUAUUAUGGUUUUGGAAGACCUUCACGCGUAUCUACUCCUUCUUACCCUACAUACCCCGUUUCUAGUGAGGGAUCACACCACGACUAUAAUUCAGAAGCAGAUGUCUAUGACCGAGGUCAUUCUUCUUAUUCGUCUCCGUAUAAAAGUGAUUACAAGAGUAGUAAAUUGAACGAAUAUUACAGCAAUAAUGUACAAUCCUCGUCUUACUUUGAUUCCCCUGGCCAUGCGGAUUCCCCCUCUGCAUCCAUCACUGCCGCACCAAAGUUACCGAAUAAUUGGAAAUCUGCAUACGCCGAAGAUGGCACCAUUUACUAUUAUCACCGCAUCACAGGAAAAACUCAAUGGAAUUUCCCAGAAGAAAGGGUGAGUUCUAUUGAAGGUGUAAAUCAAUCUGAUUUAGAGGAUCUUGUGGAAAAGACGAUUCAGGAUGCUGAAAAGAAACGAUUAGAAUCUGCUCGUAGCGAAAGCCCUGCUGUUUCCAUUGUCAGUCGUACAAACAAGUUAUCACCUCGGAUUAUUACACCUUCUACCAGUAGAAGAGGGUCAGGAGAUGCUGGUAUUGUCAGUAGUAAUAGUCUGGAUGAGACCGAGCUGAAAAAGGAAGUGGGUAAAAUUGUGACCAAGUAUUUGUCAUCCAAGCAGAAAGCCUUGUGGAAAGGAGACAAAUAUCUUUUUAAGGAAUUGGCACGAAAAAUCACGCAUCAUAUUGUAGACCGAGAGAUCCAAUCCUCGAGAAAAAUACACGCGAUGAAUAGUAGUGUACGGUCCAAGAUCGAGAAAUUCAUUGACACUCAUGGUUCUGAUUUGGUUUUGAAAAUCAGUCGAAAGCGAAAACAUCAAACUAUUGUCAAGGAUAAAACAGAUAGUCCUUCCAGUGUGAUAUCAGAAGACAUCAAUAACAAAUAUUCGAAAUCCUUGACUUCUCCUGUACAACAGCAACAGCAGCAACAACAACAGCAGCAACAGCAGCAACAGGCUCAGGUACCACCCAUGUUAUCCACUCCGGAAUCACAACCGCAACCACCACCAGAAGAUCAUAUUAAUGGUGCCUGGGACUAUGCUGAAGAUAUUCCAACAUCUCCUCUUAAAAAGAGACGCGCUUUGUCUAAUGAAGAUGAUUUGAUUCCGACUACCACCACACCUACCAAUACUACUCCUGCCACUCCUAUCAAUAACGAUAAACCACCAAGCCGAAAUGAGCAUGUGAAUGGUGCUCCUAAUACCGAUAAACCACUAUCACAUGCACCCAAAGACGAUGGAUAUUAUUACUCGCGUCGUAGUCGAGCGGAAUCGCCCUACAGUAGUAGUCACCGAGACAAAUUAUAUGGAGAAUCAUCACGGUAUUCUAGUAAUGGAGAGUAUGUGCGACCAGGGUAUUCUCGACCUCCACAUUACAGUUCAUACAGCCCGUCGUCUUAUUAUCGCUAUCCACCGCCUUCUGCUGGACCUUAUUAUAGAAGCCCAAGGUACUACUCUGGGAGUAGGAGACCAUCUCCCCCACCUUACUAUCAUCGACCUUCUGCUAGUUCAUCACGUAGAGGGUCUUUAUCGGAUGAUGAAAUGGAUAGAAGAAGAUGGGAUUAGAUCUUAUUUCCCUCCCUCUUUUAUCACACACACACACACACACACACAAAAAUAUCAUUUACACAUCAAACUAAUUGUAUAUCAUGCCCCACACACACCAUCACCCUCACGCACCUUUUUCACCGCCAACACCCUCUCAAGUACUAAUUUUACCUUUUUUAUAUGUAAUCAAUUGUAAAUAUCCUUUUUUUUUCUUCUUCUUUUUUUUGCAUCCUUUUUCUCUCUUG